AUGGCAUCGUCAUCUCCGAAGCGAUUUAUACCACUGAAGAAGGGAAACCAUGACCUUCCUACUGGCACUCCCACUCUUCGGGGUGUAGUUUUCGAUAUGGAUGGCACACUUUGUGAGCCACAAACGUAUAUGUUCAAAGAAAUGAAAGAUGCCCUGGGAAUUUCAAAAACAACAGACAUCCUUGAGCAUGUAGAUACACUCCCAAAGAAAGAGCAAUCAGAAGCUCUCGAAAAGAUCCGCAACGUUGAGCGCAAAGCCAUGAAGGCACAGACUCCCCAGCCAGGCCUCAUGACUCUUAUGACCUAUCUUGACGCCAAGGCAAUUCCCAAGGCCAUAUGCACUCGCAACUUCGAUGUCCCCGUCCAGAACCUCAUAGAGAAAUUUCUCGAGGGCUCCCGUUUCCACCCAAUUGUCACGCGGGACUUUCACCCUCCCAAGCCCGACCCGGCAGGUAUUCUGCAUAUCGCCAAGGACUGGGGCCUGCAGGACGAGUCUGGCAAAGGAGAUGCUAGUGGACUCAUUAUGGUAGGGGAUUCAAUUGAUGAUAUGACGGCGGGCAGAAAGGCGGGCGCAGCUACUGUUUUGCUUGUGAAUGAUGUGAAUCGGGCGCUGGCGAAGCAUGCGCAUACCGACUUGAUCAUCACUACGUUGGAUGAGCUCGUUGAUGUCCUCGAACAUGGUUUUGUUGGUAGAAAAGUUGACUCAGAGUAG